GCCAGUCCAUUCACACCAUUAAGCACACCAGUUGGUUUUAUUUUAAUUUUAUUUUCUGAGACUUGGAGAGAAGAGAAUAUGAAUGAGGUGACUCACCAAAGGAUCAAGACAAAUGGGAUAUGGAUGCACAUAGCAGAGCAAGGGACAGGGCCUCUUGUGCUUCUCCUCCAUGGCUUCCCCGAAAUAUGGUAUUCGUGGCGCCACCAGAUUGGUUACUUGGCUAAGCAUGGCUACCAUGUUGUUGCUCCUGAUAUGAGAGGCUAUGGUGACACUGACUCUCCUCUGAGUCCUACCUCCUACUCUAUUCAACACCUUGUUGGAGACCUUGUUGGCAUUCUUGAUCAUUUUGGUGAACAAAAGGCAUUUGUAGUGGGACAUGACUUUGGAGCCGUUGCAGCUUGGCAUCUGAGCCUGUUCAGGCCUGACAGAGUCAAGGCCCUGAUUGCACUUUCUGCUCCAUACUUUGAAAGAUCUUCAAGCACCAGGGAUUCUGAAUCUGUGAGGCGAAUUUUCAGUGACGGGUGUUACGUUUAUCAGUUUCAGGAACCAGGAAGAGCAGAAAAGUCGUUUGCAAGAUAUGAUUAUUUGACAGUGAUGAAGAAAUUCUUGCUGUACAACAAGACAGAUUAUUUGGUAGCUCCUCCUGGAAUGGAGAUCAUUGAUUAUUUGGAGACACCAGCUGUGUUGCCGCCAUGGAUUUCUGAGGAGGACCUCCAAGUCUAUGCUGAAAAGUUUGAAGAAUCUGGCUUCACUGGUGCCCUCAAUUAUUUUCGUACAAUUGAGCUGCACUGGGAGCUCAUGGGACCAUGGCAAGGAUCAAAGAUAAGUGUUCCAUCAAAGUUGAUUGUAGGUGACAAAGACAUUGGCUUUGAAAUUGUGGGUACAAGGGAAUAUGUGAAAGGAACUGUUCUUAAGAGUCUUGUGCCAGACCUGGAAGUCGUGAUUCUAGAUGGCCACCAUUUUAUCCAACAAGAGAAGGCUCAAGAAGUCUCUGACGAAAUUCUUUCCUUCCUGCGCAAAUUUUCGACAUAAUAAGACUUUCCUCCACUCUGAAUGAGUUUUGUAUUUCCUCUUUUUCACAACUUAAAUGCUUUGUUGAAUAUACCUUCCAACACAUUUUAUUACCGCAUUUCCAACCUCAAAUAAUGUCGUUGUAGCUAGAACGAGUGCUCAAAAUUGAGGAUCAAAAGAAGACCUUACUCAUUCGUUCUAGCAAAUUUUAGAAAUCUCAGUACAUUUUCGUAUACAAUAAAUGUUAUUGAAGCAGCAGGAACAUUUUUCAGAAGAUUUGGGGUGAUUCCCUUGUAGAAACCUCUAACGCCCUCAAACCUACA